UUCAUUAAUCAGCGAACACUUUAUUGCAAACGGAAAGCAAUUGUAUCUCUAACCUCCGCUGAUAUUGGUGUAGAAAAUGAAAAAAAAAAUUCAAUUAUCACAGUUUUAUCAGCGGAGCUCGCUGAAGAAUCUUGCAUAUUACGUUCUCUAUCCAGUAGUUUCAGUGGCUCACAGGAGACGCCUACUGAGUGCCUAGAUUCCAGCUGAUUCCCAAGAAAAAAACAAAUACAAGACUUUUCUUUGUUGAUUUCUCCCCGAAUCGUUAACAUUUUGUUUAUUGUCUAUUUUUUGUUAUCAACGGGGGUGGUCUUUUGUGGAUCCGAAGAUGUCCUGCACAAGUGAGCUCUCCAGAUCCAAAGAAUAUCAGAGUUUUCGGAGUUCAGUUCCACUACGGAAAAUUGUCGUUGACAGCGAUGGGGCGAAGGGAUGGAAAGUGUAUGACUCGGGCCCGAAGACUAUCAAAUGUCCCCUCAUGUGUUUACCGCCUGUCAGUGGCACUUCUGAUAUUUUCUUUAAACAAAUACUCAGUCUAACAGCUAAAGGUUAUCGAGUUAUAUCCGCUGAGCCGCCAGUUUAUUGGAGUGUCAAAGAAUGGUGCGAUGGCUUCAGAAAACUAUUGGAUUAUCUAGAAUUAGAUCGAGUUCAUCUGUUUGGAGCGUCCUUGGGAGGUUUCCUAGCGCAAAAAUUUGCAGAGGUCAAUUCCCAUUGUCCAAGAGUUGAGUCUCUGAUAUUGUGUAACACCUUCACUGACACGACAGUAUUCAGCUACAAUGAUUCAGCUGCUAUAUUCUGGAUACUACCAUCUCUGGUACUUAAGAAAAUGCUGAUGGGCAAUUUUUCCACUGAAAAAGUAGACGGUGAGAUGGUGGAUGCCAUCGAUUUUAUGGUGGAACGACUAGAAAGUUUGAGUCAACCAGAACUGGCAUCUCGACUUACGAUGAAUUGUGUGAGCAGUUAUGUUCAACCUCACAAAAUGGGUAGUGUCCCAGUAACGAUAAUUGACGUAUUCGAUGAAUAUGCAUUGUCCAAUGUUGUUAGAGAGGAAAUGUAUAAGUGUUAUCCAAAUGCUAAACUGGCACACUUGAAGAGCGGUGGUAAUUUUCCGUACUUGAGUCGUUCGGCCGAGGUUAAUUUACAUCUUCAGAUUCAUCUCAGGCAAUUCGAGGAGACUGAAUACGCAGCGUCCAACAGAACUGAACCAAUUCCUGACACUGUGGUCACUUAAGCCCAGCACAAAAAGAAACAAACUUGAAUGGAAUUGCCAACCCAACAUGCCAAGCGAGCUUUCACCCCACGUGGUAUGCAGACCCUCGCCCUGGAAUGAUAGCACCACUCCAAAUAGCACCAAUUCCUCCACCAAUUGGUGACGUAUCGCAGGUCAGCUUCAAAACAGAACCCUGUAAACAAUCCAAGCUGUCCAUGACGAACAAAUCUAUCGAUACUCUGAGCAUAAUUCUUAUAAACUCGUUAUGAUACAAUGCUAUUCUAAGAGAGAUACCUAGUCGUUAAUUUUCAGUAAAAACAUUUCUUUUCUCAUGAAUUACCCAUUCCUUAUCCUCAUUCAAAGAAAAUUUACGAACACUGAAUAUGUAUAGAAAAAACCAAUUAUACUAUGUUCAUAUGUAAGAAUUCCGCAUAGACCUGAAAAUAUACAAUAUAAUUUUUCUAUUGAA